CCGUAAUAAAUGAGGUACCAAAGAUUUGACAUCUGUGUAUAUAUUUUUUUUUAGGAUUUUUGAGUUUGGACUCAAUCUUGUCUGGUGAUGCGCUCAUCUGAACUGAGUUUUCUUUUGCAGUGGCAGUCCAUUGAGGUAACAUAGAAUGUGUUUACCCAGAUGUCAUAGGUGGAUGUUGGUGAUAUGGCAGUAGAUGUUGAACCUUCCCACUAACAUCUCAUUGCUGUGUGACUAAUGGCAGCAGAGGGGCAGUCUGACAGAAGAGCAUGUAAAUGGAAGUGCAUCUGAAGCAAAGACUUGUCCUCAGUUCUGUCUCUGACUACUUUGCUGCCAUGUUUACAAGUGAUGUUUGUGAAGCCAAGCAAGAAGAGAUCAAAAUGGAAGGCAUUGACCCUAAUGCAUUAUGGGAUCUCGUUCAGUUUGCAUAUACAGGCUGCCUGGAAUUGAAAGAGGACACUAUUGAAAAUCUUCUAGCAGCUGCCUGCCUCCUCCAGCUCCCACAAGUAGUAGAGGUUUGCUGCCAUUUUCUAAUGAAGCUUUUGCACCCAUCCAACUGUUUGGGAAUACGAGCUUUUGCUGAUGCGCAGGGAUGCACAGAGCUUAUGAAGGUGGCUCACAACUACACUAUGGAGAAUAUAAUGGAAGUUAUAAGAAAUCAAGAAUUUUUACUUCUACCAGCUGAGGAACUCCAUAAACUCCUUGCUAGCGAUGAUGUGAAUGUUCCUGAUGAAGAGACCAUUUUCCAUGCCUUAAUGAUGUGGGUGAAGUAUGAUAUGCAGAGGCGAUGCAGUGACCUAAGUAUGCUGCUUGCAUAUAUAAGAUUACCACUGCUUCCACCUCAGAUCCUGGCUGACCUAGAAAACCAUGCACUUUUUAAGGAUGACCUAGAAUGCCAGAAACUUAUUCUGGAAGCCAUGAAAUAUCACCUUUUACCAGAGAGAAGAACUCUCAUGCAAAGUCCACGAACUAAACCUAGAAAAUCUACAGUUGGGACGCUUUAUGCUGUUGGAGGAAUGGAUAACAACAAAGGUGCUACAACUAUUGAAAAGUAUGAUCUCAGAACAAAUAUAUGGAUCCAGGCUGGAGUGAUGAAUGGCAGAAGGCUUCAAUUCGGUGUUGCGGUCAUCGAUGACAAGCUGUUUGUCAUUGGAGGCCGCGAUGGUUUAAAGACAUUGAACACUGUUGAAUGUUACAAUCCAAAGACAAAGGCUUGGACUGUGUUACCACCAAUGUCAACACACAGGCAUGGUUUAGGAGUUACAGUGCUUGAAGGGCCUAUUUAUGCAGUGGGAGGCCAUGAUGGUUGGAGCUAUUUGAAUACAGUUGAGAGAUGGGACCCUCAAAGUCAGCAGUGGACAUUUGUGGCAAGUAUGUCAAUUGCCAGAAGCACUGUUGGAGUAGCAGCAUUAAAUGGCAAAUUAUAUUCAGUUGGAGGUCGAGAUGGAAGCUCAUGUUUGAGUUCAAUGGAAUAUUAUGAUCCUCAUACAAAUAAAUGGAAUAUGUGUGCUCCAAUGUGUAAGAGAAGAGGAGGUGUAGGAGUGGCUACAUGUGAUGGCUUUCUUUAUGCAGUUGGAGGUCAUGAUGCUCCUGCUUCUAACCACUGCUCACGACUACUGGACUAUGUAGAAAGGUAUGAUCCAAAAACUGAUACAUGGACAAUGGUGGCUCCACUGAGUAUGCCUCGAGAUGCUGUUGGUGUCUGUCUCCUUGGUGACAAGUUGUAUGCAGUAGGUGGAUAUGAUGGGCAAACAUACCUGAACACUAUGGAAGCCUAUGACCCUCAAACUAAUGAAUGGACACAGAUGGCUUCCUUAAAUAUCGGAAGAGCUGGUGCCUGUGUUGUAGUCAUCAAGCAACCAUGACUUUGUCAGCACUGCUUAGGAUUUUAUUGACUGUGAAAUGAUUAUUUUUCUAUCAAGACAAGAACAACUUCACAUGAACAUGGAUUUACGCAAUGAAUACUGUGUUGAUCACAAAUUUGAAGGAGCAUAAGAGUGAGAAAUACAGAGAAUUUAUACCAAAUAAAAUCAUAAAAAUUAUUCAUUAUGUGAAGAAGAAAAAAUUAGAUUGCUGUAGGCAUAAAUAUGUAAGCAUUCAAUAAUACGUUCUAUACUGUUCUCUCAAAUGUGUUCCAGAGAACUGGAUAAUCAAGGGACAGCUCUACAUAAGAAUCAGAAAGGAAUUCAAGUGUGGCUUUCACAGCCUUAAGAGUUUUAACAGUGAAAACAUAAAAGUAUAUUUAAUGACUUUCAAACUCUUGUUUGUUUGCUUGUUUGUUUUUUUUUUAAGAGAAAAGUAGAUAAUACAAUUUUUCUAUUCAGAUAUUUUCUUCAAAUGGGUUAUGGCUUUCUCGUCUAGACAGGUAGUUAUUUUAAGGAAGACAAUUAGAUCUUACUGAAGUGCAGAAAAAGAAAAGUCUGGAUAUUCAAUUUUAAUUUGU